GUGAAGAUCCUCGAGGAGGAGACAAACAUGAAGAUGUACUACACAACCUGCUUUCUCGUUGCUCUUCUGAUUGCCGUUCAGUCAGGUCCAAUACCAAAGAAAGCAGAGCAAGAUGAUGCUUUUGCGGAGGCUUACCUGAAGAAAUUCUACAACCUCACUUCGACACCCACUAAUAAAGGAAGAUUCAGUGAGAUGAGUCUCAAGCUAGCUGCCAUGCAGAAGUUUUUUGGACUCACCGUGACAGGGACAAUGGACACCGAAACCUUGGAGGUGAUGAAGAAGCCACGGUGUGGAGUUGUCGAUGUAGGUGCGUACUCCACGUUCGGCGGAGACGCUAAAUGGCAAACAAGCCAGCUGACCUACAGGAUUGAGAAUUACACUCCCGACAUGUCUGUGGCUGAAGUGGACGACUCUAUCGAGAGAGCGCUGCAAGUCUGGGCUCGCGUCACUCCUCUGAGGUUCACCCGCAUCUACAGCGGUAUAGCCGACAUCAUGAUCUCCUUCGGGAGAGGAUCCCAUGGUGAUGCCUACCCGUUUGAUGGAACAUCUGGCACGCUGGCUCAUGCCUUUGCCCCAUCUAGUGGCAUUGGUGGAGACGCACAUUUUGAUGAAGAUGAAAGCUUCACCUUCACCUCUACCAGUGGAUUUGUUUUGUUCCUGGUGGCCGCCCAUGAGUUUGGUCACUCUCUGGGUCUGUCUCACUCCAGCGACCCCGGUGCCCUCAUGUACCCGACGUACAGCUACAGAAACCCAAACACAUUUGUUCUGUCUGCAGAUGACGUCAAAGGCAUUCAGUCUCUCUAUGGCCCAAAUACAGGUAACCCCAAUCCACCUCCAGUCACCCCGAGCGCCUGUGACCGCACGCUGGUCCUCGACGCUGUGGCAACCCUGCGUGGAGAGAGGCUCUUCUUCAAGGAUGGCUUCUUCUGGCGCUUAUUUGGAACCAACUCGGUCCAGCAGCAGCUGAUCAAGCGCUUCUGGCCCGAGGCUCCAGAUAAUAUCGAUGCUGCAUUUGAGAACACUGUGCAAGACAGACUGUACCUCAUCAAAGAUCAGACAGUCUGGGCUUUCAGUGCUUAUGACCUUGUGAGUGGAUUUCCCAAGAGCCUUAGCAGCUUGGGUCUGCCUGCCCAGGUGAAGGUCAGCGCUGCAUUUUACGACCAAAGCACUGGCAAGACGUUGUACUUCGUGGACAACAAUUACUACAGUUAUGAUGAAAACAAGAGGAAGAUGGACACCGGAUACCCCAAACUGGUCGAACGUGGCUUCCCGGGGAUCACUGGGAAAAUCACUGCUGCCUUCCAGUACAGGGGUUUCACCUACCUCUUCAGCGGUACGAAUGUUUUUGAGUACAGCACUUCUACCAAGAAGGUGUUGCGUACGCUAAAUAACAACUACUUCUUGAAAACUCACCAUCAACCCUCCAGGACUCCAGAAGAAGACAGCUUGGAAAUGAGGGACACAGCUGUUCUCGUGCUGGUGCUCACAGCAUGUCUGGCGCUUUGCAGUGGCGCCCCUGCGACGUCCACAGUGGAUCAGGAGAAAGCUGAGGAAUAUCUGAAGCAGUUCUACUCGGAUCCCAACGCUCCGUCCAUCAGCGGGAGACGAGUGAAAGUGCAGGACUUUGAGACCAUCCUGAAGAAAAUGCAGGAGUUUUUUGGGCUCCAGGUGACGGGAAAGCUAGACACGAACACCAUCGAGGUGAUGAAGAAGCCACGCUGCGGUGUUUCCGACGUUUCCAACUUCAGACAUUUCAAUGGCAAGCCCAAAUGGGAUAAGAAGACCAUUACAUACAGAAUAACCCAGUACACGCCAGAUCUGAGCCAGAGGGAAGUGGAUGGCACGAUCGCUCAAGCGUUCAAGCUCUACAGCGACGUUACUCUGCUCGACUUUAAGCAGAUCUACGGCGGCACGGCCGACAUCAUGAUUCUCUUCAAAGCCCGAAAUCAUGGAGAUUUUUACCCAUUCGAUGGGCAGGGCGGUGUCCUGGCUCACGCCAUGUCUCCUGGUCCUAAUGACGGAGGCGAUGCGCACUUUGAUGAGGAUGAGAAAUGGACUCUGAGCUCAGCAGGUGUGAACUUGCUCUUGGUGGCUGCCCAUGAGUUCGGCCAUGCGCUAGGACUGGAUCACUCACAAGAUCCCUCCGCUCUCAUGUACCCUACAUACAAAUACGUCAACACUCAGGGAUAUCAGCUGCCUCUGGACGAUAAACAAGGAAUCCAGGCGCUCUAUGGUGCUCGUAAAUCCCCAAAUCCUCAACCACAACCCAAACCACAGCCUCAACCUCAACCCAAACCACAGCCUCAACCAAAUCCACAACCAGGAGCACAACCACCAGCGCCAUGCAAUCGGGACUUGGUGUUUGAUGCCGCAACCAGCAUAAGAGGAGAGCUUUACUUCUUCAAGAAUAACUAUUACUGGAAGAAAAGCAGCCUACAGAAAGGAAUUCCACAGACUCUAAUCAGAUCCACGUGGCCCUCCAUCACGUCUGUCAGUGCAGCUUACGAGCUCAGGGCAAAACGCAUCAGCUUCUUUUUCAACGGUCAGUACUACUGGGGCGUGACAGCGACCUCCAUUUUAGCCGGAUAUCCGAAGCACAUUUCACAGUUCGGCUUUCCGGCGUCAGUCACGAAGAUCGACUCUGCGGUGCACGUGGAUUCGACGAAGCGCACUCUGUUCUUUAUUGGUGAUAAAUAUUGGAGUUUUAAUGAGAACACUGGAAAGAUGGACGCUGGUUUCCCCAAACCCAUUCACGUAGAUUUCCCGGGUAUCGGCUCCAAAGUGGACGCUGCUUUUGAAAACUACGGUAAACACACGCUCUUCUUUAUUAAAAUUACAGGGGGAUCGGUGGCUUAGUGGUUAGCACCUCACACCUCCGGAAUUGGGGGUAGAGUUUGCACGAUCUCCCCAUGCUUCAGGGCUUCCUCCAGGUACCCUGUUGUCCUCCCCCAGUCCAAAGACAUGCACUGUAGUCUGAUUGGCAUUUCCAAAUUGCCCAUAGUGUGUGAAUGUGUGUGCCAUGCCCUGUGCACCGAAAUCCCCUGGAUAGGCAAAAUGGUUGGAUGGGAUGGAAUUAAAACUAGCCCUGGAUCAUAUGCAUGUUUUAAUCUGUACAAAUACAGGCUCAUGUCAUUUGUUUUUAAAGCGUUUUCCUUUUACUCUGCAGGUUUCCUGUAUUUCUCUGAUGGAGCCAGACAAACAGAAUACAAGUACAGGACCAGAACUGUGAAUCGCGUGCUUCUGAACUACGGAUGGCUGAACUGCUACUGAGCGAAAUGUCAUGAAUUAAAUAUUCAUUUUAUGAUUUUGAUAUAAAUAUUUCAUAACUGUACAUCUAUAGAUCCGUACCUAAAUGUAUGAGCGAUAUGAGGAUAUUUUGUUAUCAUAAUGUUCAUAAAAUCAGUGGGCCUUAAAGGGGCAGUAUGUAAUUUUCAGUCCCUCUCUUCGGUGUCUGAGACCACACCCUAUUGACUACAUAGUGCACUAUAUUGGAGUUUUGCCAUUUUAUAUUCCAACAGCAUAGUGAAUGUAUGAAUUCCCAUAAUGCCCUGUAAUAUGUUACUGUCGUUAACAGAUACAAACAGAUACAGAAUAUUUACAAUGCACCCAUAAUGCACUUUAACACAGUUAAAGAUAUAUUUGUAUAGAAUAGUUAGCAGGGCACCAUUUCAGACAUUUUGGAGUUGCCUUGAAAGAAAACCGGAUGGAGCUGAGCAGUUGUGUUUCCGUGUGGACAAAAUUCAUUUCUGGGCCAGAAAAAGGUUAAUCCUAAACCAUAAACAAACCAUAUGUAUUGUAUACGAAUACUAAUUUUCUUAUGUUUUCAUUUCUAAACUAAG